GUUUUCCCUUGUCUUGGGCUUUAGGCUGAGGUUGCUGAUCAGCUGGGUCUGAUGCACUAUAUGGAAACUCUGAUGCUUAUCACAGCCGCUGAGUACGUCGCACCCAUGUCCGAUGAAAACGUCACUGUGAUGGACACAGAGUUCAGCAACGUUGCCGUCCGUCUGUACCUGCCCAGAAAGGCGUCUGAUGGGCUGAGAAGGGCGGUGGUCUACUUCCAUGGUGGAGGAUGGUGUGUAGGACAGGCAGGCAUGAAAUCCUACGAUUGUCUGACAAGGUGGACUUCAAACAGGUUAAAUGCUGUCGUGGUAUCAGUCAAUUACAGGUUGGCACCUAAAUACCAUUUUCCUGUUCAGUUUGAAGAUGUGUAUUCGGUAACAAAGUUCUUCCUCCAGAGCAGUGUCCUGUCCCAGUACGGGGUGGACCCAGACAGGGUCUGCGUUGCAGGAGACAGUGCAGGUGGCAACUUGGCUGCAGCUGUGGCACAACAGCUGUUAGAAGAUUCUGAAGUUGAAACAAAACUCAAAGCCCAAGUUUUGCUGUAUCCUGCUCUUCAAACGCUUGACCUGAAUUUGCCAUCUUACCAAGAGAAUGCAGACAAGCCCAUUUUACCUAAGGUGCUUAUGGUCAAGUUCUGGAGUGAAUAUUUCACUUCUGAUUCAUCUCUCAGGGAAGCGAUGGCCUCCAACAGCCAUGUCCCAGUUGAAUCGAGCCACUUACUUCCGUUUGUAAACUGGAGCAAUUUGCUGCCUGAAGAGCUGAAGAAAGAUCAUGUUUACACCAGUCCCACCUAUGGAAGCUCUGAGCUUGCACAGAAGUACCCAGGUUUUCUGGAUCCGAGGGCGGCCCCGCUGCUGGCGAGCGAUGCCCAGCUACGCGGCCUGCCCCUCACCUACAUCCUCACCUGCGAGCAUGACGUCUUACGGGAUGACGGAGUCAUGUAUGCUGGGCGCCUCCGGGCAGUGGGUGUUCCCGUCACGCAUGAUCAUGCCAAGGACUCCUUUCAUGGGAUGAUGAUGUUUGUCUCUGGUCCAGCUGAGUUAGCUGUAGGGCACCGGCUGUUGAACAGAUGUAUCGAGUGGUUAAAUGAGAACCUGUGA